UUAAGUUUUCUCUGGUGAUUCUUUAUUAUACUGAAGUUUAUAAAAAGGGUAAAAAAAUAAAAAUGGAAUCGUUUUAUAAUAAUCCGAUUAGACAGAAAAUAAAUAAAAUAUUCGAUACUCACCUAAUAACAGAUGAUAGUGAAGCUUUAUACACGGUGUCGGGUUUGUGCUCAGCUAACUCAGCGUACACAAGAAGAAUUCUGGUAAAUGAAAUAGAAAAAAGAGAUUUAUUGGUUAACAAAGCAGUCCUUGUUGAAUAUAACAAAGUUAGAGAUAAGCUACAAAGCUUGUUAAAUUCUAUUUCUUCUUUGGAUGUUGCUGUGUCCGACAUGUCUAAUAGACUUCAAGAGUCUAAAACAAAAACUCACCAUAUAAUUACACAAACUACUAAAUUAAAAGAAGAAAGAAAGAAAACCAAGAAGAAGCUCUUAUGGGUGGACGCAUUUGUCAAGGAAUUUCAAAUAGCACCAGAACAAAUAAAAAUUCUAUAUAAUGUUACACCUCUUACACUUGAUUUCUUUAAUACCUUGUCACAGAUAGAAAAGCUAUAUGAAAAUUGCAAAGUACUUGUGAAAUAUUGGUAUCAAACACCUGCUUUUGAAAUAAUGGAGAUGAUUGGGCUUCAACAAGAAGUAGCAAUAGAAAAAUUAUAUCACUGGACUAUAGGAGCAUGUCUUCUUGUUGAUUCACCAAAUAAUGCUUUAGUACCUAAAGCAUUGGGUAAGUUUGAAAACAGACAGGUUCUAUUUUCUAACAUAAUUGAUGAAUAUUGUAAUGCUAGAAAGGCAACUGUUGUCCAAUUAUUUAUUGAUGUCCUUACUAAAGGCAAUAGUGGUUCAAAGCCAAUAGAGUUCUAUGCAAAUGAAACAACAAGGUAUAUUGGAGAUAUAUUAGCAUGGGUUUAUCAGAUAAUACCUGUUGAAAAAGAUAAUCUUUGCACAUUAUUUAAAUAUUGUACUAUGCCCGAUAAAGAUGAGAAAAUUACAACUGCAUUAACUAACAUCAUGGAAGCUUUAUGCCCGUUGCUCAAAGUUAGAGCUGAGCUCAUAUUAACACCAGAUAAGGAUGCUUUGGUUUUAUGGUCAAUUACUAAUUUAAUGUUAUAUUAUAAGAAUAUUAUACAGUCUAUAAUAACUAGGGGUCACUUGAUAGACACUUUUGAUGAAUUGAUAAAAAAAAGCCAAGACAUAUUUCUGGUAACUCUAGAUAGCAGAGUACAAAAAGAAUUGAGUCAUGGUGUGAAAGCACCUCCUCUAGAUUUGAAUCCAUCUGUUGUUGUGACUGAUUUGAUUAGUUUUCUUAGAGAUUUAAUGAAUUUAUCAAACAAUGUUAUAACUACUGACAAAAGAAUAAUAAUAACACAUAUAUUAGAUCCACUUUUGCAUGCAAUCAAUGAAACAGCUUGCCAUUUAAGUUCAACCGAUAUGUCAGUUUAUAUGUUGAACUGUAUUUAUCAUAUACAGUGUACAUUAUCAUUGUAUACUAUUCUGGAUGAAUAUAAUGAAAGACUGCAGGCACAAUCUGAGGCGCAAAUAGACACACUAACAUCAGAACAGGCUAGCUUCCUUGUUGCCAAUUUGAACAUGGGACCAAUGUACACAAUUUUACAAGAAAAGAUCAGCGGUCCCCUUUCUGCCAUACCUGGCAUGGACACAUCCACACUUAAAACAUUCUUAAAUAAAUUUGAUAUGUUCUUAGUAACACCUGAUGUGUACAUUUUACCACAACUUAAUUUGCUCAUAAGUCACAAUCACAAAUCUGUUAUUAAGAAAAGAGCUUUUGAAGUGAUUUUUGCAAUUUAUGAACAAUUAUACAAAGCCAUACAUGACCCUGUUAACAGUUAUGUGGAUCCACAAGGAAUAGUUCGCAGAACUCCAGAGGAGGUUAAGAAGUUUCUUGUAAAUUAAUGUUGAAUAAGAAAACUAUUUUUAAGUUAUAU